AUGUCAAAGACUUCAGUGAAAAGAGUUGUCAAUGCUAUUCAAAAAUUCUAUCCCACUGCCUUGGCUGACAAAACUUGGGAUAAUACUGGAUUAUUAGUUGAUUCCAGUUCUUUUGAAGAAUCUGAUUCAGAACUUAAUACUAAGGUUCCAGUCAAGGUAUUAUUAACCAUUGACUUAACCCAAGCUGUUGCUGAUGAAGCAAUUUCGAAAAAUGCCAAUUUCAUUGUGGCUUAUCAUCCCUUUAUAUUUCGUGGAUUAAAGUCAAUUACACAUAACGACCCUCAACAAAGAUCACUCAUUAAAUUGAUUCAAAAUAAGAUUAGUGUUUAUUCUCCACAUACUGCAGUUGAUAGUGCUAAAGGAGGUGUCAAUGAUUUUUUAGUAGAAGGUAUUACCAAAAACCAAAAAGUUGAAUCAUCGAUCCCAAUUGAACAAGAUAAAACUGAUUCAGAUUGUGGAAUGGGGAGAUUAGUGAAAUUGAGCCAACCAUCAAAAUUAACAGAUUUACUAUCCAAUAUCAAAGAGCAACUUGGUUUGCAACAUGUACAAGUGGCACCAUCAAAAGAUGGAAUUGACCACGAUAUUAAAACAAUUGCCAUUUGUGCUGGUUCUGGAGGUGGUGUGUUCAAAGGAGUGGACGCAGAUUUAUAUUACACAGGAGAAUUAUCUCAUCAUGAAGCAUUGUUUUUCAAGGAAUCUGGAUCAUCAGUGAUUUGUUGUAAUCAUUCAAACACCGAAAGAGCUUUUUUGAAAGUAAUUCAAGAACAAUUGAAGAAUGAACUAGAUGAUACUGAUGAAGUUUUAAUAAGUGAAACUGACAAAGAUCCAUUUGAAACUUGGUAA